AUGAACUACCUAAAUGUAGCUCUAUAUUCACACCCGUCCAACACACCUCAGACGGAUGUUCACAACGACAUACGCAAUGGAGACCGGCGUAGAAAUUUAUGACAGGUUUCAAUCACAAGGAAAACAAGGUAGAAUUUCGGCUUCCCGUCCCUCGGCCGAGUUGUCUCUAUCAGGGGGUUGGCCUUGGCGUGCGAUUCGAUGCAUCGCUUGUCAUAUCGUUUUCGCGGGGCUUCAUACGCGGCAAGACUUCCAUCGACUUUGUCUAGGACUAAAGUUUUACUCACUGACUUCCAAGAGGAGAACACUGGCAGCUACGUAGCAGUACUGAAAAGGAGACUGGCCCGAAUUAUAUACACUAACUAAGGUAGCUGGUCCAGCACAUUAAACUCAUCGUGGGAGUAACACCUACAAUGUCUGCCGGUAACAUUCUAGACGAACCUUCAUCUCAGGCCGUGCAGAGUAAUGGGCUCUACUUCAUCUAUGCCAGCUCGGCAGAACACGAUCCAGGAGAAAGCAUCAACAUACUCGAUAAAGGUAGUCCUAUAGAUACAUUUGUGGCUAACCUAAACGCCGACAAAGCCAUUAUUCUGGCUGACAAGCCGAGUCCGACAGCUAGCCUUGAUGACAGUGAUGAGACGAAUAAAUGGUUUCAGGAACUCGAUUCUACCGCUACCAGCUCGGUCACGCUUGAUUCUAAUUUGAAAAAUAUCGAGAGCUUCGAAUUACAGUUCACACAACCAUGGCCGCUUGUAUUCAGCUCGGCAAGCGAUGUGCUCCUAUUCACAUUUGGUCCAUCAUUGGACGGAUCAGAGGCCCCCAGGAUUCCUCCACCCGGAGUCGACGGAAAGGGGAACAUGUUGACACUUGGUCUCGAUUUUACUAAAAUAUCCGACACUCCUACUAGCAAGCUUAGUGACCUCUUCUCGUACGCUGGAAGCGAAGGCAUGGUCGAUUAUGUGCCAAGUGAGCUGCUGGACUUGACUGCAACGCUUACAACCCCUGGGCAAGGAAAUCCAAAGCGCAAUGCCCUCUGGUAUUCACCUGCCUCGUACCAGAGCGUCGUGAUGCGCCUACAAUUUGAGGUGUCUGAUUUCAACCCAUUGCAAGGCGUUCUAGAGGGAGUUCUUAAAGGACUCACCAUUAGAAACGCUGAUUUCAUUUUCUACAAGGACAUGCUCCUAGCGGAAACCGAAACGGGACCAGAACCUAUUUUUAGGGGGUCUUUCGCCUUUAGUAUUGGAUGCUCUGUUCAGGGCAGUGGCUCCAAUGACCCGGAGGUUUCUACAACUGCAGGCAUCGAAAUUAGCGAAUAUAACAUGUUUCUCACAUUCCAAUUUGAGUCUAACGACCCAUUGGUGGGGAUUCUUAAGUGGCUUGGAUCCCUAAUUGACGAUCCAUUAGACUGGAUUAUCGAUGGCAUUCUGAACAGGAAGGAAAAUAAUGUCAAUAUAUUUUCCAACUUCAUACUGCGAAGAAUGAGGCUCAGUCUGGACACGGAAGAUUCAGAUAACCGGAAGCUGUCGUCUUUUUCUUUUGAUAUCGAAGUCUCGGCCAACUUCGGCACAAGCGAACCUGGCUCAAAGCCAGUAUUUCUCAUUUCGUACAAUUGGGACAACAUUACCGGCGGAUUCGGUCAACUAGCGGGCAAGCUGUGGAAAGAUUCCGACUUAUCUAUAGACACAGAUCUAUUACCACACGUGGAGAAAUGGUCUAAUCUACAGCCAUUGACGUCGUCUCCAGCAGAUUCAAUCGACAUUGUAUCUCUAAUUCCAAGUCAGACAGUGGAGAACAUCCCAGACACUCUACCUUCGAAGAUAUCACUCGCUUACAUCGCUCUGACGCAAAAUUCCUUCGAUAUUCGGUGCUCUGUCACAAGUAGCCCUACCCCUCCAGAUUCGGCACCUCAGCCACGCCUGGGCGAGGUCACGCUUGAAGGCUCGUUUACCUGGGGGAAAAGCAGCUCCUUUUCCCUCAGCAUUUUCAUCGAUGCCGUCAUCGAACCAAGCCAAGACGCAUCAGAAGACUCUUUACCUGCAGUCUUUGAGGGGUCUUUGAGUUACGACUCGGCUGCUAAAGAAUGGGACCUUAAGGCAUCGCUAACAGGGCUAUACGCCUCGACUCUGGUUGAGUUCUUUGAUGAAGAUUCCAAAGCCCACGUCACACCUCUGAUAAAUUCAAUCGCCAUCGACACGCUAGCUGUUGAGUACAAGUACACCAAAACAUCCGGCGGAAGGUCUACGGGGAGUGAAUUUACUAUUGAAGGAGAUCUUCUGAUUGCUGGCCUAAGCCUUGGGCUUAACUUCAAUCAUAAAGACCAUGACUUCACCUUCUCGGCUGCGCUUAACCCAGGAGAUAAAUCUGCGAAAAUCGGAGACGUGCUAGUAGGCAUCUUAGGGCCCGACAUCGAGCUUCCCGAUUUCGUCUACAAUACACAGCUUGUAGGCGAUAACCAAGAUGUCUUCAGGCUUGAUGUGGUUAAGAACAAAACCCCAGCUGCUAACAAUGUGACCGAGAUCGAUCAGGAGUCAUUCUUUUUCCUUUCACAGCUCAACGUCGCAAAUGUGCAUAUUGACUUUGCUCAAAUGCACAAUACGACCUGGGGCCCUAAGACACCAUCUAAGAGGCUAUUCAAGGUUUAUAUUAACGGCUUCACCAAGACAGAGCUCGAAUUACCUCUCAUCGGCACGUUGACGCAGCCUCUCGACGAGUUGUACUUCCUCUGGGUACAGGAUAAGCCGCAACAAGGCGCGGCGCCUGGCAAGGGAACGGGUCUGACACGUUUAGAUCGGGACGAGCUCAACUACAGCCUUCAGGUCAAUGGGCAGGAUCUAAUUCUUGUCAAUGAUAAGAUCAAGCCGGAACUACGGGCUCAAACAGAUCUUUUGUUAGCGUCCGGAUGCCACUUCGGUGUUAUUAUACGUAGUAGCACAGGCGUACGCACGUGUCUGCUCGACUACGAAUUUAUGAAAACAUCUUCUAGUAGUAUAGCGUUCAAAGCAGGCGAGGGCGAGGUAGAUGACGGUUCUCCAAGCGCUCAGGCACCAUACAAAAAGAUUGCUGGUCCAUUAUCAAUCAGUAACGUCGGCCUGAAGUAUAAGGACAAGAUGCUGGCCAUCAUGUUUGAUGCCACUUUCCAGCUCGGUCCUCUGGGCUUCUCUCUAGUCGGCUUCUCCCUUGGUUUCGCUUUUACAACGCUUAGUGGAACCCCUCAAAUCACGCCCGUUAUUAUGGGGUUGGCAGCAUCGUUUGAGCAGCCGCCCCUGUCGAUCGCUGGUGUCAUUCGACAUGGCAACGAAGGAGGCCUUGACUACUACGCCGGAGGUCUUACCGUCGGCUGGAAACUGUACCAAUUUGAGGCUGCUGGCUUCUACGGCAUAGUAACGCCAAAGGGUACUUCCAAUAGCUUCAAGACUGUCUUCGUUUUCGCCAAGCUGAAUGGCCCACUUGUGACGCUCGAGUUUGCCGAAAUCAAUUCCAUCUGUGGUGGUUUCGGCUACAACAGCAGCGUUCGCCUGCCAACUAUUGAUGAGGUUGACGACUUCCCCUUUAUCGCCAGUUCGCAGCUUAGCGGCAGCGGGAAUGCCAUGGAUGCUCUGAAGAAACUUGUCGACCCAGGCGCAGGCGGCUGGUUCAGACCACUAGACAAGACGUACUGGUUGGCUGUCGGCAUGGGUGUCGGCGCUUUUCAGAUGCUAGCUAUUGAUGCUGUCGUCGUCGUACAGUUUGGAAACUCCGUGAAGCUUGGUAUCUUUGCCGUAGCCACGGCCGACGUCCCCACACCCGCUUCAUCUUUCAAGAUAGCCCACGUCGAGUUAGGCAUAUCGGCCGUAGCCGACUUCGACUACGGUACCCUCAAGAUCGACGCCCAGCUGUCUCCACGCUCCUAUAUACUAGAUCCUAACUGCCACCUCACCGGUGGUUUUGGUCUAUAUUAUUGGUUCGACGCCCCGCACGCUGACCAGUCGGUCGUUGGCCAGUAUGUCUUCACCCUCGGCGGUUAUCAUCAAGCUUUCAACUUGCCUGUUGGCUUCCCAAACCCUCCGCGCCUAGGAAUCAGCUGGAAUCUCGGCGGUGGCCUCACCGUAUCGGGUCAGGCUUACUUUGCUAUUACACCUAAGGCCUGCAUGGCUGGAGGUCGUCUGCACGCUGCCUUUGAAGCUGGCCCACUGUCGGCCUGGUUCGAUGCUUUCGCCGACUUCCUCAUUAAUUACAAGCCCUUCUACUUCAACAUGCAGGCCGGUGUCUCCGUCGGGGUCGGGUUCAGCAUCGACGUUUGGUUUAUCCACAUCCGCAUCUCGGUCGAAAUUGGCGCCCAGUUGUACCUCUGGGGCCCACCGAUCGCUGGUCGCGUCCACGUCGACUUCUGGAUCGUCGGGUUCGACAUUAACUUUGGCAAUAACCAAAUCCAAAACGAGGCUGUCAGCCUCCACGACUUCUAUCUUCUGGUGCUGCAGACAGGUACAAGCCCGGCACAAUCCGCGGCUACUAGUGGCAAACUCGCUAUAGGAGCUGGAGACGAUGCGAGGGUCCAAGAAGAAAAGGAGAACGAGGGCCACAACUUCUUGGCCAAAUCUGGGCUCUUGAACCCAGAGGACAAUCCCGAGCGCGACCAGACGACUGCGUGGGUUGUGCGCGCCGGCUCCUUUUCCUUCGUUGUAGAAUGCAAAAUGCCAGUCAAUGCCGUCAAGAACGAUCCCAACGGGGGUGCUAUCCUGACGUACGACGAUAUCUAUGGUAAGCCGAUGAAGCUCACGCAAACUCUAACAUCGACUGUUACGGUAGUAGUCCAACAGGAAGGAGAGACGGAACCAGAUGAUGGAUGGCAAUACGAUAAGUAUCUCAACCGCCUACCACAUGGUCUGUGGGCUAAGUACGACCCAUCUACCGAUCCUCGCAUAAGCGGUAACAACAUUCGUGACCUCCUCAACAAUGAUAAAGGGGCUGUCACCCUUAUGUCCGGGGUCCUGAUUACCGCUCCCAAGCCCACCAUGGCCCCCGACCCUUUCCCUGCUUACCAAGUCGCCGAUGCAGAUCUGCAGAGUCUCUUCUCAGAGAACCCAUUCCCCAAAAUCGUCGACGCUGAUGAAGCCUGGGCACCCGAUAAGCCGUCUACCGGUGAGCAAGUGGAGGAUCAGUAUACUGCAGUGCACGAGGCAUGGUCCAAUCCAGCACUCGGCUCAGACGACGACGGGCAAAAGGGAUUCGUAGGGGCCUUGGCGGAUAGUUUGAAGUGGAACAUUACCGACGAGAUGAAGAGUAUUGCGGGGAUUCCGGAGAGAUUGAAAAAGGGAUUUAUGAAUUUGUAUGUGGCGGCGCCAUUGUUGACGAAGUGAAUGGAGACUGCUAUAAGGAACUAUGACCUUCCAUUUACAUUGUUAGGUACAUGGGCUUUCGAAGCUAUACAUUCUAUCGAAUGACCGCGGUCUCUUGAUGUCAUAAUGUAGCUGAGCUGAAAAUUAUUCGCUAAUAUUGAGAAUGAAAUCAUGCCAUCGACUUGAUUGAUUAUUCGUGUGUUUGACUGGUCUAAUCCACUGGAGCUAACAGGCAAUGACGGUUAAGCGUUGACGCUUUUAGAACUCGCCUGGCAGCCUGACAGCUCAGCUUAGCUGGACCGCCUUGUCCGGAU